AUGGGCGAACAGCUCGUCAUCGGUCUCAGAAUUUGCCGUGCUUAUUGUGACUGGAGCUUUCUUCGCGCAACGCGCGUUUGCCCGAUUUUCGCAUCCUGGAGGGAUGUGUGGCUGCGGCGCUGUGAAGCGGCAGGUGUGCAUGGAGUUGAGCAGUUUGCUGACGCUGCCUUCUUGCAGCUGCUCUUUACGCCGCAUGACCGGCGCAACUCCAUUAGUCUCAUGUCUGCCCACUUGAGCUUUGCGGCAGCCGUGUGUCAAGCCCAGCGUUCCCUGCUGGAGGCUGUUGGCAACAGCUCACAAGCUAGUUGCCUCUCAAGAAAUUCUGCUAUGGAUGACUCCAUCGGAGACUCCUAA